AUGAGUGCCCGGAUUCGAGUCCCGGCCCUAACAACUGUAAUUAUCGAGCGGGCUGGAGGCAUUAUCUGGGCCGUCUUCGUCGCCGAAUGUAUGAAGCCCAAGAUGAAGAACCACUUCCGAGCCCACCAGUUGUCUGUGUGGUUGCGGCUGAUCCCGGAACUUCACCGAGCCGGCAUGGAAGAUGUGGUCGCCCGUCACAACCUCUUCAGGAACCAUAACGACGACGACCUCUAUGAUGGAAUAGUCCGCCCAGACCCACUAUCCAGGACUAGCCUCAAGGCGCAAGAGAUGCAAAGGCGCGCCGGCCUCAAUGGUACAGUUGCUGAGGUCCUCCUGCCGGUGACUACCAUGGAGACAAUGGUCACCACCUGCGUCAGCGUACAGAUAAACCAAGGUUACGUAAAUCCUCACGUCUCCAACACAACAGACACCCUGGCUAGCCUCGAAGCAGCAGGAUAUGCCGCCUACUCUACUGCCCUCAGCGUCACCAUCGCCAUCGGCUGCUCCUUGCUGAUACUGAACAUCCUCAUCUUUGCCGGGGUAUAUUAUCAACGAGACAAGACACGGAUGGACGUAAAAAACAUGCAGCAGCGGGUAUCAAGUUUUGAAUCCGGUAAGAGUUUUCUCCCGUCGGCCUCUGUGAUCGUGGACGUUGACGAUUCAGUGAUCCUGACAGGAGGCACACUACCGCGGUCGCAUGCCACAGUGGCACAGCACCAUUCCCUGGCCACCUUGCCACGUCAUAAAGAGGCCCCUCCCAAUGGCUCCGUGCCCCGCCCUCCUCCUCCUCCUCGCAACAAGUCCCCUCCUGAGUCCCAACCUCUCCUCAACCAGGACCCCAAGGCCAAGCCACCGCUGAGGGUCCCUCAGGCCGCUAUUUCUGAGAUGAGGGUCUGAUACUCUGUACAUACAAUCUUUUCCUUGAGUAUGUGUAUAUAAAUUUUGAAACACAGGGUAUAUCCGAAAAGUGGUGUGCUGCUCCAUGUUUUUUUUCUAAUUUUAUCUUUCCCUUUUAAUAGAACCGACUUUUAUAAUGUCUGUACAUUUUCGAUUUGGAUCAGUGCACCUUUUCGAAAACUCCUGUCAUAGUAUUAGCUUCAACAAAGUUACCAAAAUCAAAAGUUGUUAAUUUCUCAUCGAUGCACUGAGCAUGUUUGAAAAAUGUGUACAUACUGUGAAUAUUGUCGCUCUGAGAUAUACUUUUCGAAAGUUUUAACUGACAUUUCACAUUAAUGUGACCACUGGCUGCACCUUUGGAUGGAUCAGCCAUACUUUCAGGACUAAAGCUUAAGUUUGAUUCCUAACAAGCAUGUGUAUAACUUUCGAAACGAAAUGUUUUGCCUGUCAUGUACAUAACUUUACAUAUAUUUUAUCCAAAAAUGGUACUAAGUACUCAACAUUUAAAAAUUAAACGAUUUGAUAUAGAAAUGAAAGAUUUGAUCAGUGGUAUAGUUGAAAUGGACAAUUUUACGAAAAGAUGGUUAAAGUCUGUUAUGCUAAG